AGACCUGUUUGUUUCUUUUUGCUCCAACAGGAAGCGAUUAGCAUUGCAUCCUGCGAAGGCCGCCAUUGGUCCAUCUGAAAAGACACAUACGAACUCGGACAAACUGUCCGGAAACCCAUCACCCAUGAUAAUGACGCAGAGCCAGAGAUCGCGGUACCUCAAGACUGGGGCUAUCGUUGGUGUUUUGCUAUUCUUGAUUUUCAUUCUCUCUCCCUCAAGGAACACAGUAGCCAGAGUCGGCGGAGGACAGUCGGAGUCCGGGUCAUCACUCACGACGAAGUGCACGAAGCCAUAUGAUCCAUCGAAGCCUCUUAUCCAGUAUGCGUUGAUGAUCGAUGCAGGCAGUACGGGCUCCCGGAUUCACGUCUACCGGUUCAACAACUGUGGUCCUACUCCUGAACUUGAGGAUGAGAGAUUCGAGAUGACCGAAAAGAGAAAGGGCGGUUCAGGUCUCAGCUCUUACAGAGAGGAUGCUGAAGGUGCAGCAAAGAGUCUGGAUCCUCUGAUGGAUGUGGCCGUGAAGACGGUUCCCGACGAAUACAAGUCGUGCACACCCGUUGCUGUUAAGGCGACUGCUGGUCUGCGAAUGCUCGGUAGCGAAAUGAGUGAGAAGAUUCUGGAGGCUGUCAGGCAUCGUUUGGAGACCGUCUAUCCUUUCCCUGUGGUUUCUAAGGAGAAGGGUGGCGUUGAGAUCAUGGAUGGUUCCGACGAGGGCGUUUACGCUUGGAUCACUACGAACUACCUGCUGGGCAAGAUCGGUGGCCCUGACGAGACGCCUACCGCUGCUAUCUUUGACCUUGGUGGUGGUUCGACUCAAAUCGUCUUCCAGCCCACUUUCGAGAAAAGCGAAGACGGCGGCAUGCCUCAGAAGCUCGCCGACGGCGACCACAAGUAUGAGCUCCAGUUUGGUGGCAGGGACUUUGAACUCUAUCAGCACUCUCAUCUGGGCUAUGGUCUCAUGGCAGCCCGUGACGCCAUCCACAAGACUGUGGUUGAGUCUAAGCUGGCUCUGAGUCCCAAGGAUCUCUCCUGGCUUAACCAGCCCAUCCCCAACCCGUGCGUUAGCCCUGGCAUGGACGUUCAGGUCAAUCUUACCUUCCCAGAUGACCACCCACUCGGGCCCCGUGUGACUGUCACGAUGGCGGGUCCAAAGGAACUGUCCGCUUCGGCGCAGUGCAGGGGCCUAGCGGAGAAGAUCCUCAAGAAGGAUGCUGACUGCAAGCUUGCCCCGUGCUCAUUCAACGGCGUUCACCAGCCUUCCCUGGAGAAGACUUUCGCCAGAGAGGAUGUCUACAUCUUCUCGUACUUCUACGAUCGGACAAAGCCCCUGGGUAUGCCAGACGCUUUCACCCUGGAGGAGCUCCACCGUCUCACUAGCACCGUGUGUGCCGGCGAAGAUAGCUGGGGUGUUUUCGAGGGUGUCCAGGGAGCCUUGGAGGAGCUUCGGGAUCGCCCAGAGACGUGCCUUGACCUCAACUUCAUGCUUGGUCUGUUGCACACUGGCUACGAGAUGCCCCUUUCCCGCGAAGUCAAGAUUGCAAAGAAGAUCAAGGGUAACGAACUCGGUUGGUGUCUUGGUGCAAGCCUGCCGCUCCUUAGCAAGGAAUCUGGAUGGACUUGCCGUAUUAAGCAAGUUGCGUAAUGACUGACAAUGAUCGGUGCUAGACGCUCUGGUAUAGAGAAUACUGCUUUUUUUUUUCUUUUUUGAGGAUGAGUUUUCUGCGGGAUGAAGCGCGCUUCUUCCUAUAUAGAUCUUCGUAUCCGGGCCAUCAGAUCUCUGGGAUGUAUUAAACAUUUUUCACGUCAAGUCACGGUUGUGAUUGUAUCUAUGGAUUUACUGGGACGCUUAAUUUUCUCUCAUGUGGCUGGUUUUAUGGUCUCUUGUUAGUUGGUCCACAACUAGCUAAGUCUGCAACAGAAUGGAUCUUCUGACGAGGUUCUGAUCCAAAUGCAC